AUGGUUGCCGCGACGAAGAGAGAAGAGCGACCGUCCGUUCAAUUACAGGGCGAGCCUCAUGUCGCAAUCACCCUCGAUGCAACACCUACCCCGGCAAACUUGAUGCACGAUCCAAGACCAGCAACUCAUCGCACUUCCUCCUUUUUUCACAAGUUACUCAACAGGGAUGCGGACGCCGACAAGAAGAAGCAGGAGAAGACAUACGGCUACUUGUCGCUCUUCCGCUACCUUCCCGCUCGCGACAGGUUCAUCCUCGUUCUCGGCUUUGUUUGCGCGUUGGCGGCCGGUGCUCCAUUGCCGCUUAUCUUACAAGAGACUUACAGUUUGAAUGCGAUGGCGUGGUGGAGUGUCAGAUUUUGUCGGGUACGCGGUCGAUGA